AUGAAAGAGGGAAAAAUGCCCAAAGUUAAGAAGAGGAAAAAGGAGGGAGGAAUUCAGGCGAGAGUUGACAGCGACCUGGAGGAGACCUCAGAGGUGGAGGAGGAACGGGAGCGUCCUGAAAUAGGCUCGGAGAGCGAGAGCAGCAUGUACGGCCCCACCAAGAAGAAGAAGAAGAAACCGAAGGAGAAGAAGGAAAAGAAGCCCCGGAAGAAGAAGAGAGAUGAGGAAGAUGAUGACGAUGACGAUGAUGAUGGUAACAUGAAAGAACCUAAAUCAUCCAGCCAGUUGAUGCAGGAGUGGGGUCUUGAAGACGUUCAGUACGGCUUCACCGAGGACGACUACAAAACCAUCACCAACUACAAGGCUUUCAGCCAGUUCCUCAGGCAAGCAUCUAAUUUUGUGUCUGGAUUCUCUUCCUGUGUUAAACUGCUCUGUUCUGUUUCUGUUUCUGAGGAUUGUCAGAGUCCCUCCCUGACACUUUCAACAAAAACUCCACAGCCUCUCAUUGCCAAGAAGAACCCGAAGAUUCCCAUGUCAAAGAUGAUGACGGUGUUAGGGGCCAAGUGGCGAGAGUUCAGUGCCAACAACCCGUUCAAAGGCGCAUCUGCCACCGCUGUGGCCGCCGCUGUGGCCGCCGCCGUGGAAACGGUUACCGUGGCACAGCCAACGUCUGUCAGCAGCAGCCAGCCGAGCUGUCAGCUGGGGCCAAUCAAAAAAGCCAAAACCAAAGAGGGAAAGGGACCAGGAGUUAGAAAGAGAAGUAAGACUGUGAAGGAGGUGAAGAAGAAACCGAAGCCGAAGAAGACCAAAUCGAAGUCGGGCCAAAGUGGGAAGAAGAAGAAAGCAUCCUCGAGUGAGGAAGACUUCCUGGAGGAGUCGGACUUUGAUGACAUCAGCAUCCACAGUGCCUCCGUGCUUUCUGAUACCUCGGGGGCCGCCACCAAGAAAAAGGCCCGACGUGGGCGGAAAAAAAGGAAAAAGGAAGACGGCGACGGCUAUGAGACAGAUCACCAGGACUACUGUGAAGUCUGCCAACAGGGUGGAGAGAUCAUCCUGUGUGACACCUGUCCCAGAGCGUACCACCUGGUCUGUCUGGACCCUGAGCUGGAGAAGGCCCCCGAGGGAAAAUGGAGCUGUCCGCACUGUGAGAAAGAGGGAAUCCAGUGGGAGGCCAAAGAUGAAGAGGAGGAAGAGGAGGAGGCUCCGGGCGAGGAAGAGGAUGACCACAUGGAGUUUUGCAGAGUGUGUAAAGACGGAGGAGAGCUGCUGUGUUGUGACACCUGCCCGUCUUCCUACCACAUCCACUGCCUCAACCCGCCUCUCCCGGAGAUCCCAAACGGGGAGUGGUUGUGUCCUCGAUGCAUGUGCCCUCCCCUGAAAGGUAAAGUACAAAAGAUUCUGCACUGGACAUGGGGAGAGCCCCCACUGCCAGCUGAACUGCCUGCAGGCCCUGACGGAAAGCCAAAUGAUCCACUGACCAAGCCCCCACUCAAGGGCCACCCAGAGAGGGAGUUCUUUGUGAAGUGGGCUGGCCUUUCAUACUGGCACUGCUCCUGGGUCAGCGAGCUGCAGUUGGAGCUGUAUCACACGGUCAUGUAUCGGAACUACCAGCGAAAGAACGACAUGGACGAGCCGCCGCCGUAUGACUAUGGCUCCGGAGAAGAGGAGCUCAACAGCGAGAAGAGGAAGAGCAAAGACCCCCAGUACGCUGUGAUGGAGGAGCGCUUCUAUCGCUAUGGCAUUAAACCAGAGUGGAUGGUUAUCCACCGGAUACUCAACCACAGCUUCGAUAAGGAUGGCGACGUGCAUUACCUGAUCAAGUGGAGAGACCUGCCCUACGACCAGUGCACCUGGGAGGUGGAUGAUUUCGACAUCCCAGAGUAUGACACCCAUAAAGCUUUUUACUGGGACCACAGGGAGCAAAUUCUAGGGGAGGAUCAACGCCCCCUGGUGGUGAGGAAAGGAAAGAAACUGAAAGACGACCAUCCAAAGAGGGAGGUCCCCCCUGAUGCUCCCAUCAUAGAUCCAACCAUCAAGUUUGAGCAUCAGCCGUGGUACAUUAAUGCCACUGGAGGAACACUGCACCCAUACCAGCUGGAGGGCCUGAACUGGUUGAGGUUCUCCUGGGCUCAGGGCACAGACACCAUCCUGGCUGAUGAGAUGGGCCUGGGGAAGACAGUGCAAACAAUAGUGUUUCUCUACUCGCUAUAUAAGGAGGGUCACUCUAAGGGGCCUUUCUUGGUGAGUGCGCCCCUCUCCACGAUCAUCAACUGGGAAAGGGAAUUUGAAAUGUGGGCUCCAGAUUUCUACGUGGUGACGUACACGGGGGACAAAGACAGCAGGGCGAUCAUCAGGGAGAACGAGUUCACCUUUGAAGACAGCGCAGUGAAAUCGGGGCGCAAGGUGUUCCGCAUGAAGAAGGACACUCCAAUCAAGUUCCAUGUGCUGCUGACAUCCUAUGAGCUGAUUACAAUAGAUCAAGCCAUUCUGGGCUCCAUCACCUGGGCCUGCCUGGUGGUAGACGAGGCCCACAGACUGAAGAACAACCAAUCAAAGUUUUUCAGGAUUCUCAACGGGUAUAAGAUCUACUACAAGCUGCUGCUGACUGGGACUCCUCUUCAGAACAACCUGGAGGAGCUGUUCCACCUGCUUAACUUUCUCACCCCAGAUCGCUUCAAUAACCUGGAAGGCUUCCUGGAGGAGUUUGCCGAUAUCUCUAAAGAGGACCAGAUCAAGAAGCUCCACGACCUCCUUGGGCCGCACAUGCUCAGGAGGCUGAAAGCCGAUGUGUUCAAGAACAUGCCUGCGAAGACGGAGCUGAUCGUCAGAGUGGAGCUCAGCCCUAUGCAGAAGAAAUAUUACAAGUUUAUUCUGACGCGAAACUUUGAGGCUCUGAACUCCAAAGGUGGAGGGAACCAAGUGUCCCUCCUUAACAUUAUGAUGGACCUGAAGAAGUGCUGCAACCAUCCCUACCUGUUCCCCGUGGCUGCUGUGGAAGCUCCUGUAUUACCCAAUGGUUCUUAUGAUGGCAACCUACUGGUGAAGUCCUCAGGAAAACUGACACUGCUUCAGAAAAUGCUGAAGAAACUCAAAGAUGAAGGACACAGAGUUCUCAUUUUCUCUCAGAUGACAAAGAUGUUGGAUCUGCUUGAGGAUUUUUUGGAGUUUGAGGGAUAUAAAUACGAACGUAUUGAUGGAGGAAUAACUGGAGGCCUAAGGCAGGAGGCCAUUGACCGCUUCAAUGCGCCGGGUGCUCAGCAAUUCUGCUUCUUGCUUUCAACACGAGCUGGGGGUCUUGGCAUCAAUCUUGCAAGCGCAGACACUGUCAUCAUCUACGACUCUGACUGGAAUCCUCACAAUGACAUUCAAGCGUUUAGCAGAGCCCACCGUAUAGGCCAAAAUAAGAAGGUGAUGAUCUAUCGUUUUGUGACGCGAGGCUCGGUGGAGGAGCGGAUAACUCAGGUGGCGAAGAGGAAGAUGAUGCUGACCCAUCUGGUGGUGCGGCCUGGCCUGGGCUCCAAAACCGGCUCCAUGUCCAAACAAGAGCUGGACGACAUCCUCAAGUUUGGCACAGAGGAGCUUUUCAAAGACGAAAUGGAGGCAGCUCGAACCAUGGGUACCCACUUAAAGGCUUUCUUCUCAUCAACAGGUGACAACAAAGACGGCGAGGAGGGCAACGUGAUCCACUAUGAUGACGACGCCAUCUCGAAGCUGUUGGACCGCAGCCAGGACGCCACUGAAGACACGGAGAUUCAGAACAUGAACGAGUACCUGAGCUCCUUCAAGGUGGCUCAGUAUGUGGUGAAAGAAGAGGAUGGAGAGGAAGAGGUGGAGCGGGAGAUCAUCAAGCAGGAGGAGAACGUGGAUCCAGACUACUGGGAAAAACUCCUCCGCCACCACUACGAGCAGCAGCAGGAGGAUCUGGCUCGCAACCUGGGCAAAGGCAAACGCAUCCGGAAGCAGGUCAACUACAACGACACGACCCAGGAGGAUCAAGAAUGGCAGGAUGAUCUUUCAGACAAUCAGUCGGAGUACUCUGUGGGGUCCGAGGACGAGGACGAAGAUUUCGAGGAGAGGCCUGAAGGUGGGCGCAGGCAGUCUCGUCGGCAGCUGAAAAGCGAGAAAGACAAACCUCUGCCGCCCUUACUGGCACGCGUUGGGGGCAGUAUUGAGGUUCUGGGUUUCAACGCUCGCCAGAGGAAAGCCUUCCUCAAUGCCAUCAUGCGCUGGGGCAUGCCUCCCCAGGACGCUUUCAACUCUCAUUGGCUGGUCAGGGACCUGAGAGGGAAGAGUGAGCGUGAGUUCAGGGCCUAUGUGUCUCUGUUCAUGAGACAUCUAUGUGAACCGGGAGCAGACGGAGCAGAGACCUUCGCUGAUGGAGUCCCACGUGAGGGACUGUCUCGUCAGCAUGUUCUCACCAGAAUCGGGGUCAUGUCCCUUGUCAGGAAAAAGGUGCAAGAGUUUGAGCAUGUAAAUGGGAAGCUGAGUUCUCCAGAUCUGAUUCCCAUCGGAAUGGAGCUGAAGAAACUGACUGAGAGUGUAUCCUCUGAUCCCAACACCCCUGUGCCAGCCAGCCCUGUCGCCACGCAGCCCGGCACCCCUGUCCCACCAGAGAAGACUGAGUCUCUCUUGGGUACCGCUGAGGACAAGGAGACCGCAGACCAAGAUAGCAAGAAACUGUCAGAGCACGAAAAUUCCAGUGCAGAGCCAGCAUCUGCACCUGAGAAGGCAGCUGACAGUGAGGAGAGCAAGGCCAGCUCAGAGGAGAAAACAGGAGAUGAGAGGGACAGAACUGAGUCACCCUCCACAAAGACAGAGUCAUCUGCCAACACAAAAGAGUCCGCUUUGAAACAGACAGAGCUGUCAUCCAGUCAAACCUCACCUAAAAUGGAGCCCUGCAGAGAAACAGAGAAGUCCUCAGACAAAGGAGAUACUGAUUCUCCUCUGGCAAAAACUGAAGACAAGGAAAAUAAGCCAGCUGUUGCAGAUGACAUGAAGAGUGAAUACGCAUUAGAGGGUCGAUUAAAUGGAGACAAAGACACUUUGGAUGAGAUGGACGAGAGCAGGAGGGAGGACAAAAAUGGAUUCAAAGCCAAGUUCAUGUUUAAUAUUGCUGAUGGAGGUUUCACAGAGCUGCACACCCUGUGGCAAACUGAGGAGCGAGCGGCGCUGUCUUCUGGAAAGAUGCAUGACAUCUGGCACCGUCGCCAUGACUACUGGCUGUUGGCUGGCAUCGUAACGUAUCCUUUCCCAGCUUUGUUGGAGCAGGCUCUGGUGAUUGAGGAGCAGCUGAGGCGGGCAGCUUACCUGAAUAUGACCCAGGACCCCAGUCACCCGGCCAUGGCUCUCAACACGCGUUUUGCUGAGGUUGAAUGUCUGGCAGAGUCCCACCAGCACCUGUCCAAAGAGUCUCUGGCUGGGAACAAGCCUGCCAACGCCGUGCUGCACAAAGUGCUGAACCAGCUGGAGGAACUUCUGAGUGACAUGAAAGCAGAUGUGACACGACUGCCCAACAUGUUGUCCAGGAUCCCACCGGUAUCGGCCCGCCUGCAGAUGUCUGAGAGGAGCAUCCUGAGCCGCCUCACCAGCAGAGGCAGCGAACCGCCACCGCAGCAGCCUUUUAGCCAGGGCGGGUUUGGCUGCUCCCAGAUGUACAGCAGCAGCUUUGGUGGAGGAUUCAGAGGACCGGGGGGACAGCCCAUGGUCAACUACAGUCAGAUGCCUCUGGGACCGUACGUCAGCGUGUCCUCUAACGGUCCCCCACCCCCCACAAGCCAUCUGGACAAGAAGUCACUUGACUCCUUGAGAGACGUGGCUACGCCUGACCUCAAGUCAGGCAAACCUAGUGAUGUCAUCUGCAUUGAGGACUAGAUGAGCUCUGUAACACUGACCUGAGGUCAGAAACUCCCAGGGAUGGAAUCUGUAUGGAUGACAGCCGCCCAUCUCUUGCGCCACAUCGUCCUCUUUCUCCUGCUCCUUCCUGACUUUAAAAUCUACAAAAUCAAGCUCUCUGCUGUCUACGGUUAAGGCGAUGUAACUUUUUUGAUUAAUGCAGAUGUAUCUAUCUUAACAAUUGCACUUUUAUCUUUUGAGGAUCAUAGAUUAGGAGGGAAAAAGGAGCAGCUUUCCUGACAGAGGAAUUUUUUUCAGCCCUUCACUGCAAGGCAAAACUCAAGCAAGUUGGCAGUACUGAGUUUCUGAUGCUCUUAUUUGGGGCUCAUUCUAAUCUUGGAAUGUGUGUUUUAUUCGUGCCAGCCUCGACCGUUUCAUUCUGCGCGCACUCUGCUGCUUUUAACCAUCUUCCCAAUCAUUGUACACUGUGACUGUGCCCCACUGGAGCUUUUUUCUCUGUGAAGAG